CUCAAGAUUUUCAAACUCAAUUUUGCUCGUCAACAGCGGCCUUUUUAAAGGACCAUGUUCAUCUAUCUCAAAUUCCUUUGCCCUUAGCGCCGCCAGGCCUGAACUUUUGGCCGCUGAAAUCUCCUCUAAAAUUAACGGAAAUCUCCUCUAUAUUUACACAAUUUCCGGUAACAUUAACGGAGCCUCCCCUAACAUUUGCGGCUCCUUUUGUAUAAAGAAGGAGUCGACAAAAAAGCCCAGCCAAUUGUAACGGUGCUUUUCAUUAGAGAACAAUGCAAAGAUCGACACUAAAAUACAUAAAGCAACAUAUUGCAACUCUGGGAUCACAAGUGCAUUUGCUCCCUGAUCUUCCAUGUAGCUUUUCAAUGGUCCAUUUCGUGCACUCACAAUCAGCACCCAAUAUCAAUUCACCACUGUUAUCUGGAGGCAUUUGCGAACCACAAAGGGUCAAUCAUUCUCAGGAUGAAUUCUUUUCAAAGACAUAUGCUACUUCUUGUGCAAAUAUGUUAUCUGAAGCCCCUCAAGCGAGUGCUCCCCUCUCAGAUAUGCUCGUUGAUUCUUUUGGUAGAAUGCACACCUACUUGAGGAUCUCAUUAACUGAGAGAUGCAACCUUAGGUGCCAGUAUUGUAUGCCAGCCGAGGGAGUUGAGCUUACCCCCAAUUCUAAACUUCUUUCACAGGGUGAAAUUAUUCGAUUGGCGAAUCUCUUUGUCACUUCUGGUGUAGAUAAGAUACGAUUGACUGGUGGGGAGCCGACAAUUAGGCCUGAUAUUGAAGGUAUAUGUCUACAAUUGUCAAACUUGAAUGGGUUAAGGACGUUGGCCAUGACUACAAAUGGUCUUGUUCUUGCAAGAAAGCUUCCAAAACUUAAAGAAUGUGGGUUGAACUCAGUAAAUAUCAGCUUAGAUACUUUAGUUCCAGCGAAGUUCGAGUUUAUGACCAGGCGGAAGGGAUUUGAAAGGGUUCUGGAGUCGAUCGAUACUGCUGUUGACAUUGGCUACAAUCCUGUGAAAGUGAAUUGUGUUGUGAUGCGUGGUAUAAAUGAUGAUGAGAUCCAUGAUUUCGUGGAGUUAACAAGGGACAAGCCUAUAAAUGUUCGUUUUAUUGAAUUUAUGCCUUUUGAUGGAAAUGUAUGGAAUUUCAAGAAGCUUGUACCUUAUGCAGAAAUGUUAGAUAGAGUGUUGAAGCAGCACAAAGAUUUGAGGAGGCUUCAGGAUCACCCAACUGACACUGCCAAGAACUUUAAGAUAGAUGGAUUUUGUGGCACUGUAUCUUUCAUCACAUCAAUGACUGAGCAUUUCUGUGCUGGUUGCAAUAGAUUGCGUCUUUUAGCUGAUGGCAACUUCAAAGUCUGCCUCUUUGGCCCCUCUGAGGUAAGUCUAAGAGACCCAAUCCGCAGUGGUGUUGACGAUAAUGGACUGAGGGAAAUAAUUGGAGCUGCGGUGAAGAGAAAGAAAGCUGCUCAUGCUGGGAUGUUUGACUUGGCAAAGACAAGCAACAGACCCAUGAUACAUAUUGGUGGCUAAACUAAACAAGUAUUGGAAAAAUAUGGAGUGAAUUGUAUUUCUCAAAAGAGUUCUCCUUCUCUGUUUAUUUGUGCAGCUACCCUUAAUUUUCUGAGCUCUUUUUUAGUAUUUUUCACGUUGGAUACAUGUACAGGAUUUCGUGUCUAAGGUGUUUCCUUUUGCUGUCUCUUGAAUACUUGAAUGUAAUUGUCCUCUUCCUGAGCUCAAGGCUGGUCUUGGACUUAGUAAGUGUAGGUUUGUCGCUUUCCUUGCUGGGCAGCUGAGUUUUAAUGUGGAGGAAAGUUACCCGGCUCCUUGUAUCGAUCAAGAAACAUUGACUUGCGAUUGAUGGAUCAAAAUUUGUAACAAUAUUAUGAAUAUAUGUGGAGUAAUAUGUAUUCUAUAGUUAAAUUAAUAAAUCAUAGUGUUUCUUUA